UGAUCAGCACGUCAGCGUCUCAUAGCAGACACACCUCAGUCCAGUCAUAAGUACAUAGUAUCUCAUCUUUCCUGAUUCUCCACUCACAAAAAUCCCGACCAGCUAGAAAUAUCUGCCAUCGAUCAACGCCACAAAGUUGUAGACUAGUAGCGACCAAAAUUCUCUUCUUCCUUCACUCUAUCACUCAAAUCUAAUUUCUGAAUCUCCCCAAAGCUAAGAUGGCGGUGAGAGAAACCGAAUACUAUGACAAGCUCGGUGUUGCUCACGAUGCCACUGAUGAUGAAAUCAAAAAGGCGUAUAGAAAAAAUGCUCUCAAACAUCAUCCCGACAAAGGUGGUGACCCCGAGCUUUUCAAAGAUCUCACCCUAGCCUAUGAAGUUUUGUCAGACUCAAACAAGCGAGCAAUCUAUGAUCAAGGCGGAAAAGCUGCUUUAGAAGGUGGCGGUGGUAUGGGUGGCGGUAUGGAUCCUCAAGAUCUGUUUAGUCAAUUGUUCGGUGGCGGCGGAGGCUUCUUCGGCGGUGGCGGUGCCAGCAGAAACACUGGACCUCGUCGUGGGAAAGAUCUUGUACAUCGAAUCGGCGUUUCACUCGAAGAUCUUUACAAGGGGAAGGUUCAAAAGCUCGCGCUUUCCAAAUCUGUCAUCUGCAAGACUUGUGAGGGUCGUGGCGGUAAGAAGGGCGCUGUCAAGCAAUGCACGGCAUGUCGAGGACAGGGUGUCAGGGUCAUUCUCCGUCAAUUGGGUCCGAUGAUGCAACAAAUCCAACAGCCAUGUAAUGAGUGCGAGGGAACAGGAGAAGUCAUGGAUCCUAAAGACCGAUGCAAGUCGUGUAACGGCAAGAAGACUAUCUCUGAACGCAAAGUACUCGAAGUUCACAUCGACAAGGGUAUGAAGAGUGGACAGCAAAUCAAGUUUCCUGGUGAGAGUGAUCAAAGUCCCGGUGUCAUCCCCGGCGAUGUGGUGAUUGUUUUGGAGGAAAAACCUCACACUCGUUUCCAGAGGAAAGGAGAUGACUUAUUCUGUGAGACAGAAGUAGACCUUUUGACAGCCCUGGCUGGAGGAGAGUUCUCUAUCGAGCAUCUUGACGAUCGUGCUUUACACGUCACCAUCGUGCCAGGUGAAGUCAUCAAACCGGGCGCACUCAAAGUCAUCUCUGGUCAGGGUAUGCCAUCUUAUCGUCACCAUGAACCCGGUGAUCUUUACGUCCGUAUCGGUGUCAACUUCCCUCCAACCAUCGAACCUACCGCUAUCCCUUUGCUGGAGUCCGCUCUGCCGCCACGACAAGUGGUGCAGAAGUUCGGCAAGAAGGUACAUGUUGAGGAAGUCCUUCUGGAAGAGCCAAACGAUCGUCAGAGGAAGAAUGCGCACAACGGAGAUGAGAUGGAUGAGGAUGAAGAAGAACACCGAGGUGUACAGUGUGCUCAACAAUGAUCUUUGAAACCAUCUUCAUUUCGUAUCAUCUCUUCACCCCUUUGAGCCUACGACACCUGGCAGUCUGAGCGUCGUCGAGAGUGGAUGACACUAGUAUACCCCUGCGCGAUGCGUAUAGACAUGUUAUUAGCAUAGUUGGUCACGAUGCACGGUUUCUGCUUUU